AUGGCUGCCAGAAAGUUCGAGUCUGCUAAGCCAAUGGCUAGCAAGGUCAAGAGACCAAACUUCCUCAGGGGUCACCCGCAAAGUCUUGUACUAACAACCAUCAUCAGGGGUCACCCGCCAAGUCCUGUACUAACAACCAUCCUCAGUGAUCACCCACAAAGUCCUGUACUAACAACCAUCCCUAGUGAUCACCUACCAAGUCCUGUACUAACGACCAUUCCUAGUGAUCACCUACCAAGUUCUGUACUAACAACCAUUCCUAGUGAUCACCUACCAAGUUCUGUACUAACAACCAUUCCUAGUGAUCCCCUACCAAGUUCUGUACUAACAACCAUUCCUAGUGAUCACCCACCAAGUCUUGUACUGACAACCAUUCCUAGUGAUCACCCGCCAAGUCCUGUACUAACAACCAUGCCUAGUGAUCCCCUACCAAGUUCUGUACUAACCACCAUUCCUAGUGAUCCCCCACCAAGUCCUGUACUAACAACCAUGCCUAGUGAUCCCCUACCAAGUUCUGUACUAACCACCAUUCCUAGUGAUCACCCACCAAGUCUUGUACUGACAACCAUUCCUAGUGAUCACCCGCCAAGUCCUGUACUAACAACCAUCCUCAGUGAUCACCCACAAAGUCCUGUACUAACAACCAUCCCUAGUGACCACCGUCCAAGUCCUGUACUAACAACCAUCCCUAGUGACCACCGUCCAAGUCCUGUACUAACAACCAUCCCUAGUGAUCACCCACCAAGUCCGGUACUAACAACCAUCCUCAGUGAUCACCCACAAAGUCCUGUACUAACAACCAUUCGUAGUGAUCACCCACCAAGUCCUGUGCUAACAACCAUCCUCAGUGAUCACCCACAAAGUCCUGUACUAACAAUCAUUCCUAGUGAUUACCCACCACCGCAAAGUCUUGUACUAACAACCAUCCCUAGUGAUCACCUACCAAGUCCUGUACUAACGACCAUUCCUAGUGAUCACCUACCCUAA